AUGAGAGGCCCCACCAUCCUCAAAGCCGAAGAUGACAAGACAAAGCAGCUGAAUGAACACAACCUUAUGGCCUUCUCCGGAGAGGCGGGAGACACGGUACAAUUUGCGGAGUACAUCCAAGCCAAUAUUCAACUAUACACGAUGCGGAACGAUACCGAGCUGGGCCCGAAUGCGGUUGCUAGCUUUGUUCGGGGAGAAAUGGCGCGGAGUCUGCGGUCUCGGAAUCCCUACACUGUCAACCUCUUGCUGGGAGGUGUCGAUCCCAUCACGCACAAGCCUCACCUAUACUGGAUUGAUUACCUGGCAUCGCUGGCACCUGUACCAUAUGCUGCUCACGGAUAUGCACAAUACUACUGUCUGUCCACCCUCGAUAAACACCACCACCCCGACAUUUCGCUUGAAGAAGGAAUGAAACUCUUGGAAAUGUGCACAGACGAAUUGAAGCGCAGACUACCGAUCGAUUACAAGGGGGUUCUGGUGAAGAUCGUGACUAAGGACGGCGUGCAAGAAGUACCAUUCGAUAAUAACAGGAUUGUCAAGAGUGCCUAA